AUGUGCUUGCUUUUGAGACAAUCAGAACUCUUCAAAUUAGCACUAGGAAUAAUUACCCUGUUUAUUUUGUGCUUACCUGAAUUUUUCAAAAUCCAUGAAGCUAACACUGUAAUCAUGUCAUGCACGGAUACCUGCUCAUCACAUAACACCACUUUUCCACUUUGUACAUUUAACAAUUCUUGCAAAAGAUCAGUGCAAGAAAGAGAUAAACAGAACAUUUUACUGAAGGUCACUGUAAAUCAUUCAAAUUUCCAAAAUAUCCCAUGUAUUUGCCAGUCUGCCAUGAGGGAACAGCAGUCCCAUACUAAACACACAGAGUGUGAAUCCAGGAGAAAUGUCAAUGUGGAUCAUCAAGGAUCAGGGUCAGCAGUUAAAGAAAUUCCAAAAGCUAAAGGGUCGUUUGAAGUGAAAACAGAAGAUGCUAUUUAUUUUUAUAAAUAUUUUAAUUUCACUACGUUUUCUGAGAAAGAAGUAGAGCAUACUAUUUACUACCUUCUGGAAAUCCACAUCAACAGUUCUAUAGUUGGAGGAAGAAAUGCAACUGAAGAAUACUUGAAUCAUUCCUGCCUAGUGUCAAUGAUGGAAGACCAAAAUGACUGCAUAAAUAUUUCACUACAACUCAAGUCCUAUGUGGAAUAUCCAAUGUGUAUGACGAAGAUCAUUUGGCUCACUAUGAUUCCAGUAGUAUUUGUCUUCACUAUUUCAAUUGUCAUCUACAAAAUACUCCAAGAACAUGAUCAAAACUAUUUUAACCACAGACUAGCAGCAGUUUUUACUAUCCUGAGAAGAAAGACAUCCAGACGCACAAGAAGAACCACACUUGAUACUAAAAUUCAUCCUUUUCCUGACUCCUUUGACAGCCCUUGA